CCCUCUGGGAGACACAACAAACAUGGAGGCGGCGGGGGCAGGAGUUGUGGGCACUGGACGCUGCAAAGUGCAGCGGAGGUGAGUCGGGGGCGCUCGCAGACAUCUGUUGCCGGACUCCUGUGGACGGAAAGACCGCCUUGUGCAGCAUCUCUUCAUCAUUUGUCGCCUGCGAGAGAGAGAGAGUUAAGGAGGGUGGUAGAGAAAUGGAAAGGCUAAACAGUGGCAAAGCCCACCUGGUAGAGACUGAUCGGACAGAGUUGAACAAGUGGAAACUCAGUUAACUUAAGCUUAUAAGCAGCUGAUGACAACAACAAGAAUUAGAGAGGCAUUACAGUUUUGUGAAUGUCUCCAAAUAUAAUGGAACCUACAUUUCAAGAAUGGAUUUUUGAUGUCUCUUUCAUUGAUUUAAAUGUUAUUUGGAUUGAUAAGGCGCACAACAUUGUGAAACUGUAGUGUGAAUAUGGGUGAAAAGAAACCAGAACCUUUGGAUUUUGUAAAAGAUUUUCAGGAAUAUUUGACUCAGCAGACUCACCAUGUGAACAUGAUUUCCGGCUCUGUUAGCGGGGACAAGGAAGCUGAGACUCUUCAAGGUGCAGGGACCGAAGGGGAUCAAAAUGGACUAGAUCAUCCUUCAGUUGAAGUUUCACUGGAUGAAAACUCAGGAGUGUUAGUAGAUGGAUUUGAAAGAACUUUUGAUGGAAAAUUAAAGUGUCGAUAUUGUAAUUAUGCCAGCAAAGGAACAGCACGUCUCAUAGAGCAUAUUAGAAUCCACACAGGGGAGAAGCCACAUAGAUGCCAUUUAUGCCCCUUUGCAUCUGCCUAUGAACGUCAUCUGGAAGCUCAUAUGCGAUCGCAUACUGGCGAAAAACCUUACAAAUGUGAACUGUGUUCCUUCCGCUGUAGUGACAGGAGCAACUUGUCUCACCAUCGCAGGCGUAAACAUAAAAUGGUGCCUAUAAAGGGUACAAGGCCUUCUCUUAGUAGCAAGAAGAUGUGGGGGGUCUUGCAGAAAAAGACCAGUAACUUGGGAUACAGUCGAAGAGCACUAAUUAACUUGAGUCCACCUUCCAUGGUGGUUCAGAAGCCAGAUUACCUUAAUGAUUUCACGCAUGAAAUCCCCAACAUUCAGACUGAAACAUAUGAUAGUAUGACAAAGCCAACAGAGACUGGUGGGUUGCCAAGAGACCCACAAGAUCUUAUGGUAGAUAAUCCUUUAAACCAGCUUUCCACAUUAGCAGGACAGUUGUCUAGCCUGCCUCCUGAAAACCAAAACCCACCAUCCCCUGAUGUUGUACCUUGUCAAGAUGAAAAGCCUUUUAUGUUGCAGCAGCCUGCUGCACCAACUGUUAUUCCAGCCGUGACAACAAGUAUUCCUCGGAACUCACCUCCUACAAGCCCUGAUCCUCGUCCUGCACAUACUCAAAGAAACUACAGUCCAGUGGCAGGUCCCAGCAGUGACCACAGUGCCCAUGCCAGUACUCCAAGUAUAAGUAAUAGUCAGCCAAGUACUCCAGCACCAACUCUUCCAGUUCAGGAUCCUCAGCUCCUGCAUCACUGCCAGCACUGUGAUAUGUAUUUUGCUGACAAUAUUCUUUAUACUAUUCAUAUGGGAUGCCAUGGAUUUGAAAACCCUUUCCAAUGUAACAUAUGUGGUUGCAAGUGUAAAAACAAAUAUGACUUUGCUUGCCACUUUGCCCGAGGCCAACAUGGCCAGCACUGACUGAAUACAAGUAGCAUUUUGCUUUCAUUUAUUUUUGUGGGUCUAAGUACACUGCUCCCUGGCUCUUACAUUCUAAGAGAGAGAAUCCUUGUCCUGUUAGAAGAAUUAAGCAGUUUAACAUUGAAGACAAAUGCCUUUACAGCCUGUCAUGAUUUGCUAGGUAUAUGCUUCUUAGUCAUGGUGUGUCCUUUAUAUGGUUCCUCAACGGAAAUGAUGCUCAUAGUGCAAUUACACUUUCAUAUGGAUUGUUAACAUAGCCUCCCUAAUGUGGAUUUCUGGAACUACGCCUGUUAUCUAAAUACAGUUUACAGUCCUGCAGAUUAAGCUGUGCCACAGAACAUCUUAUUCAUACUUCUGUCACAUUUAGUGUGCUCCGACAUGGCUAAUGUAGAAACCAUACUAUUGUAUACCUACUGGCUACCCACUAAACUGCCAAGAAAUACUUUUUUGUAAGGAUUAGGCAAGGAAAAUGUUCAUUUAUACAGUUAAAUUUAAAAUCUGACAAUAUAUCUGCAGUGAGGCCUUUAAAAACUCACACAAGUAAGCAUGGAAAGCUAGACGAAUAGAACCUUUUAAAAAACUGCGUAUGGGAAAGACCUUCCACUUUCCAGUAAAACUAAUCUGUUUAACAAGGAAAUGGUGCCUAGUUUUAAUUGUCAAUAACUCUUAAAGCUGUACAUUAAAAAAUCACCACAAAAUGGGAAAUGUUAGAAUGAUGUACCAUAAUACUCAUGCCUCACUUGGUGGUGCAAUUAUAAAUAACUCUAUUUACUUUAAAUGCUGAUGUGAGUGCCAUUUUUUUGCCUUCUGUUUAUGGCAUAUCGACCACCUGGGUAGCAUGUCUUUGAUGUUAAUAUCCCGUUCAAAUAGCGCUUAAGUAUGAACCAUGAAUGCAUUUCCUUUUUGAAAGAUAUUCUACUCAAUGUACACAGUGCUUGAUAUCAAUUCGUGUUCUCUGGGCAAAUGUUUUGGUUGUAAUGCUGGACAGGACCAAACAAGUGAAGAUGAAGAAUCACUAGGAUUGAUUGCAGUGAAUGAAUAUUACAGAAUGAUAUGUAGUAGUUACAUUCUUAAUGCUGUAUACCUUAACAUUGUCCAGCUUCCUACAAAAGUGAAUAGGCACUUUAAACAAAACAUGCUAGCAAAAACUAUGGAGUGCUGGCUCCAUAAUGGGAAACCUUAAUAGGCUUUUUGAUUUUUUGAAGGGGGGGGGAUACUUAUUUCAACAUGCACUUUGAUUGUAUCUUUUAUUACAUAGUCUUAUUUACCUUAAAAUAUCUGCUGCUGUCUCUUUGUAUAACAAGUAAAUAUGCACAUACAAACCGA